UGCGUCAGCCACCUCAUCUCUUGCGGACCUCCGUCCUCCUCUCUGUUUGGAUGACUCCCUGGAACCCCUCCGACUUCCUGCGUCCCUCUCCUCAGGCUCUGUUCUCCCUUCCCCAUUCUGUCACAGCCCGCGUCUCCUCUGUUUCCAGUGGGGCUGGGAUCUGUGACCCUUUGGUUCUCCUCGCCUCCUAACUGAAUAACCUUCAGUUUUACAGGCUCUGCUGUACUCUUUGUGCACCUUGGGUGGAAAGCUUCCUAAUACUUUCCGUGGUCAAUGAUGAGCCGAAAAACUGCCGGUUCUUUCGUCUUACGGCCAGGCCCUUUAAUCUUCAGGACGCUUUGAAUAGUGUUUCCUCCUUAACAUCUUCCUUCAUUCAGUGCUUAGUUUAGCCGAAUGAUUGGCUGAGAAAACAGAGUUGAAACGUGGAUGUGGGGAGGUGUCGAACUUCUUCUAUUAAUGCUGUGAACUCAUCAUCCUUUGCUCGUGUCAUCUUUUCUGGCUUCUGAACAGGCCAUUUGGAACCAGUGAGCUCUCAGAUCGUAAACCUGGGAAACUAAAUGUUGCGGAGUUACUUGGUGAAGUCAGCCAUCCUUAGUAUGGAAUAUUUUGAAAUUUGAUUUUCCCGAAGGGAGAUCUUGUGCGAAAACUCAAAGAAGAUAAAGCACCCCAAGUAGAUGUAGACAAAGCAGUGGCUGAGCUCAAAGCCCGCAAGAGGGUUCUGGAAGCAAAGGAGCUGGCAUUACAGCCCAAAGAUGAUAUUGUAGACCGAGCAAAAAUGGAAGAUACCCUGAAGAGGAGGUUUUUCUAUGAUCAAGCUUUUGCUAUUUAUGGAGGUGUUAGUGGUCUGUAUGACUUUGGGCCAGUUGGCUGUGCUUUGAAGAACAAUAUUAUUCAGACCUGGAGGCAGCACUUUAUCCAAGAGGAACAGAUCCUGGAGAUCGAUUGCACCAUGCUCACCCCUGAGCCAGUUUUAAAGACCUCUGGCCAUGUAGACAAAUUUGCUGACUUCAUGGUGAAAGAUGUAAAAAAUGGAGAAUGUUUUCGGGCUGACCAUCUAUUAAAAGCUCAUUUACAGAAAUUGAUGUCUGAUAAGAAGUGUUCUGUCGAAAAGAAAUCAGAGAUGGAAAGUGUUUUGGCCCAGCUUGAUAACUAUGGACAGCAAGAACUUACGGAUCUUUUUGUGAACUAUAAUGUAAAAUCUCCCAUUACUGGAAAUGACCUAUCCCCUCCAGUAUCUUUUAACUUAAUGUUCAAGACUUUCAUUGGGCCUGGAGGAAACAUGCCUGGGUAUUUGAGACCAGAAACUGCACAGGGAAUUUUCUUGAAUUUCAAACGACUUUUGGAAUUCAACCAAGGAAAGUUGCCUUUUGCUGCUGCCCAGAUUGGAAAUUCUUUUAGAAAUGAGAUCUCCCCUCGAUCUGGACUGAUCAGAGUCAGAGAAUUCACAAUGGCAGAAAUUGAGCACUUUGUCGAUCCCAGUGAGAAAGACCACCCCAAGUUCCAAAAUGUGGCAGACCUUCACCUUUAUUUGUAUUCAGCAAAAGCCCAGGUCAGCGGACAGUCCGCUCGGAAAAUGCGCCUGGGAGAUGCUGUUGAACAGGGUGUGAUUAAUAACACAGUAUUAGGCUAUUUCAUUGGCCGCAUCUACCUCUACCUCACGAAGGUUGGAAUAUCUCCAGAUAAACUCCGCUUCCGGCAGCACAUGGAGAAUGAGAUGGCCCAUUACGCCUGUGACUGUUGGGAUGCAGAAUCCAAAACAUCCUACGGUUGGAUUGAGAUUGUUGGAUGUGCUGAUCGUUCCUGUUAUGACCUCUCCUGUCAUGCACGAGCCACCAAAGUCCCACUUGUAGCUGAGAAACCUCUGAAAGAACCCAAAACAGUCAGUGUUGUUCAGUUUGAACCCAAUAAGGGAGCAAUUGGUAAGGCGUAUAAGAAGGAUGCAAAACUGGUGAUGGAGUAUCUUGCCAUUUGUGAUGAGUGCUACAUUACAGAAAUGGAGAUGCUGCUGAAUGAGAAAGGGGAAUUUACAAUUGAAACUGAAGGGAAAACAUUUCAGUUAACAAAAGACAUGGUCAAUGUGAAGAGAUUCCAGAAAACACUAUAUGUGGAAGAAGUUGUUCCGAAUGUAAUUGAACCCUCCUUCGGCCUGGGUAGGAUCAUGUAUACGGUAUUUGAACAUACAUUCCAUGUACGAGAAGGAGAUGAACAGAGAACAUUCUUCAGUUUCCCGGCUGUAGUCGCUCCAUUCAAAUGUUCCGUCCUCCCACUGAGCCAAAACCAGGAGUUCAUGCCAUUUGUCAAGGAAUUAUCGGAAGCCCUCACCAGGCACGGAGUGUCUCACAAGGUAGACGAUUCCUCUGGGUCAAUUGGAAGGCGCUACGCCAGGACUGAUGAGAUUGGCGUGGCUUUUGGUGUCACCAUUGACUUUGACACAGUGAACAAGACCCCCCACACAGCAACUCUGAGGGACCGUGACUCAAUGCGGCAGAUAAGAGCAGAGGUCUCUGAGCUGCCCAGCAUAGUCCGAGACCUAGCCAAUGGCAGCAUCACAUGGGCUGAUGUGGAGGCCAGGUAUCCUCUGUUUGAAGGGCAAGAGACUGGUAAAAAAGAGACAAUCGAGGAAUGAAGACAAUUUUGACAACUUUUGACCACUUGCGCUGAAAAACAAAACAAAACAAAAAACUCUUAUCAUGUCCACUUUACAAAAGAAAACAGCAUUGUGAUUACUCCCAGGGACUGUAUUUUAUCUUCAGUGGCUGCCUGAUUUUACCCCCACAAUUAAAGUUGAAGGAAUCCUGAA